ACACACACUCGCACAAUCGAGUCGAUUUACCGAAACCAAAAAGAAAACGCCGCGCGUUUCACUCGCUCUUCUGAUAAGAAAACAUCGACGCGUCGGGCAACGACGGCGGCGUUGCUUUACACAGUGCCAGUGCCACUGCCAGUGCCACUGCCAGUUCUCAAACAGUCAACUAACCUACCACCCAACCAACCAACCUGCCAACCAACCAACCAACCAGCCAACCAACCAAGCGAUCCAAUCUUGCUCUAUCUAUAGACAGUGCCGCCCGCCUGUAAACGUAGUAAAAUAGAAAAAAAACCUGCGCAGCGUGACUAAACACUUCCGCUUCUUCCUCCGGGCAGGCAGCAAAAAAGUUUCGAUCGCUAACGGUAAUAUCGGAAAACGUCGCGUGUGCAAUUCAAGAAAAAUCAAAUAAAUUUACACAUAUAUACAUAUAUAUAUAUUUCGUUAUACGUAUAUUUUAAAUGCAGGCAAGCUGAUCGAACUGAUCGGCGCUUUAGUAAAUUAAAUAUAAGUGCGAAAAGUGGCUGCGAGCAAAUAAUACGCAUACGACACGUGUGACGAUCCGGCCAUUACAAAAGAAAAACCCCAAAUUCCAAAUCAAAAUUCGAAAAGAUUAAUAAUAGCAAAUUCGGGCAAUUAUUUGCUGGCGUUGUUUGUAAGCGUGCAUGCAACUGGCCUUAGAGAUGAUGCAAACCCUGAAACCGCCACCGCCACUGCAUCAACAUCAACAUCAUCACCAGCAUCAGCACCAGGCACAGGCCCAGCAACUGCAACAGCAUCUGUCAGUCAUGGAUAAUCACCAGCAUCAGCAGCAGCAUCAACAGCAUCAGCAACAGCAGCAGCAACAUAUUCAUCAACAGCAGCAACAAUUGCCACAAACGCCGCAGGCCCCGCACCUGCUUGCUGGCCCACACAAUCAUCAUCAGAAUGUCGGCGUCGGAGUUGGAGUCGGCGUUGGCGUCGGAGUCGGAGUUGGCGUGUUGCCUGUCGACCAUGAUGACCCAAAUCCUGAGUUGGUGCUCGCUUUAAUUUCAAGGAAUCGAGCGCUUGAGGCGACGAUACCAAAGUGUGGCGGCUGCCACGAGCUGAUCCUGGAUCGGUUCAUACUGAAGGUGCUGGAGCGGACCUGGCAUGCCAAGUGUCUGCAGUGCAGCGAAUGCCACUCGCAGCUGAAUGACAAGUGUUUCGCCCGUAAUGGUCAGCUCUUCUGCAAGGAGGACUUCUUCAAACGUUAUGGUACGAAAUGUUCCGCUUGUGAUAUGGGCAUACCACCCACUCAGGUGGUGCGUCGCGCCCAGGACAAUGUCUAUCAUCUGCAGUGCUUCCUCUGCGCCAUGUGCUCGCGUACACUCAACACCGGCGAUGAGUUCUAUCUGAUGGAGGAUCGCAAGCUCAUCUGCAAGCGUGACUACGAGGAGGCCAAGGCGAAGGGUCUCUACUUGGAUGGCUCGCUGGAUGGGGAUCAGCCGAAUAAGCGACCUCGUACCACGAUUACCGCCAAGCAGCUGGAGACACUGAAAACCGCAUAUAACAACAGUCCGAAACCCGCCCGACACGUACGCGAGCAGCUGUCGCAGGACACGGGCCUGGAUAUGCGGGUGGUGCAGGUCUGGUUCCAGAACAGACGAGCCAAGGAGAAGCGACUGAAAAAGGAUGCAGGACGGACGCGCUGGAGCCAAUAUUUCCGCUCCAUGAAGGGCAACUGCUCGCCUCGCACUGACAAAUUCCUCGACAAGGAUGAGCUAAAGGUGGACUACGACAGCUUCAGUCAUCAUGAUCUGAGCAACGACAGCUACAGCACCGUCAAUUUGGGAUUGGAUGAGGGGGCAUCGCCGCACAGCAUUCGAGGUUCCUACAUGCAUGGCAGCUCGAGUCCAUCGCAGUAUCCGCCGAGCAGUCGCUCGCCGCCAGCCGUGGGUCAAACGCAUACGUUCGGCUCCUAUCCCGACAAUAUUGUGUACACGAAUAUUGAUCAUGGUGUGGGUUCGAGUCUGCAUCCAAGCAAAUCACAUCAUCGCCUGCAUAGUAGCAAUAAUGUAUCGGAUUUGAGCAACGAUUCUAGUCCCGAUCAGGGAUAUCCUGACUUUCCGCCAAGUCCCGACUCCUGGCUCGGUGACUCCGGCAGCACCAAUAAUACCAGCACCAACAACAAUGCGAAUACCAACAAUAAUAACAAUACUAACAGCAACAACAACAACAACAAUAAUAAUAAUAACAGCAGUGGCAGUGGCAGUGGGCCCUCGUCCAAUACAAAUGCCACACCGAAUCCGAAUCCUGCAACUCCUGGCGUACAUUACUGAUACUCAAAAAUACUUUUGCGUUAUUUUGAGAUGCAGUCGCGCAAUUUGCUGCUCGCGGCUGCCCAACAACAGAAGCAUACUUCGCCGCAGUAGCGACGCCAUUUUGAAAGCUCUCAAGCACUUAACAGUGCUGCAAGCAACCAAGGAAGCAAAAAGAAAACCAGAGACACAACAGAAAAGCUUAACAGUUAACAGCGCCGCUAUUCGCAAGCUUUCACUUUUUGACUGCAUUUCGGUAAAUGCACUCAUUUUCUUACUUUUAACUAAUGUAACACAAUUUGCUCAAGAUUCUGUAAUUGAUUUUCAUUUAGUUAACACACACAUAUUCGAUUUAAUGAUUAAAGUACGAGAGUAACUUGAGUGUACAUGGAGUGUACAAUGUACAUAGAAAUGUGGUAAUGUGCCCAUGGCUUAAAUGAAUGAUACUUAACGUUAUGAUGACGUCACUUCCUUAAUCGCUUUUGUUUUGUAUUAUUAUAUUGUAUGUAUAUUGUUUAGCUUUGAUAUUUUAGUGUAUGUAAAUAUUGUAUAUUUGUGUAUAGUAAACAACAAAAUGAAGAACUACAUUUUAAAUUAAAUUAAGUCUGUAUAGGGUCAUCGAAAUGUGGGGUCAAUGCACAAGAUUAAUUAAGCCAAGCCCCCCAAAAAAAAAACAAGUUAUUUAUUGCUUUAUAUAGGAAUACAAGAAUUGCAUAGGAGAAAUAUCAAUUACGAAAAAGUGAUGUCGUAUAUACAUACAUAUAUCUAAAGUAAUACCAAAAAAAAACAAAAAACA